AUUGUUCAUUUUACAGUUAUUUAUACUAUUAUAGUAUACUCCUACAAAAUAUAUAUUUUGAGAUGAUACAGAACCUAUUGUCAAAGAAUAACACACGGAAAAUCAUCAAUUUAUGUUGAUUCUGACUCUUAUUUAUUUAAUUAUUUAACGACAAACACAAAUACAGCAUGAAUCGUUCAUUUAGAGAAUUCAUUGGACUUUUUUGCGUUUCCCUUUUCUUCAACUUGGCGCUGGUUUCGUCACAUGCACAAUAUGAUAAAGUUGAAGUACGCGCCCACCCCGAAAACAUCAUGACAGUGAGUGACGUCACGACGCCCGUCCGGUUACGAGGCGACAAGGAAACACAUAGUGGAAAAAUUCAUUUUCGUACAAAAAACGACGAUACUUCGAAGGAGCACCAAGAUGAGGAAUUUAAGAAUCCACAUUACAAAAUUAAAGCAUUUGGUAGCGAAAUGAUUAUUGAACUUCUUCAAGAUGAAGAUUUAAUAUCUCCCGCUUACACAACAACUUAUUCUUUCCACAAUUCUACUUCCGGUCAGGCACCGAGAAAGGGAUCAAGAGUUCACGGAUGCUUUUACAAAGGAAAAGUAUUGGAUCAACCCAGCUCACAAGUUACUCUUAGUAUAUGUGAUGGAUUAACUGGUGCAAUCCGUACUGAAGAUUUUGAUUACUUCAUAGAACCAAAUGGUCAACAAAAAUCCAAAACCGGAGAAGCUAUAGAACACAGUAUUCACAGGCGAAGCAUCAGAAACAGAAGAACAAGAUCAGCAGAUGCGAAAGCGUGUGGUGUGAAUGAUCAACGAAAUCACCAGAAAUACACACGAACAUUUAUGAGCUCAGUAGACCAAUUCGUGAGACACAUUCGCAGCAAAAGAUCGGUCAUCGAAAUCAACAAAGCCGAGCCAACUGUUAUGGAAAAAGAAGAAAUUUUGUCGAGACAGAAGAGAGGAUUCAGCUCCAAACAGCACUUUAUUGAAACAAUGGUAGUUGCCGACAAAGCAAUGUCAGAUCACCAUGGCGAUGACCUUGAACAUUACAUUCUUACUAUCAUGAUGGUGGCAAAUCGAGUUUUUGCACAUCCAAGUCUGGGGAAUGCAGUAACAAUCAGUGUAGUCAAGAUUAUGCAAGCUGGAAAUGACCUCCCUGUUUCAACGAAUGCCGCGAAAACUUUGCGAGAUUUCUGCAACUGGCAAAGUCGUCACAACACACCUGAUGAUGACGAUCCGAAUCACUUCGAUCUUGCAGUCUUACUUACUCGUAAAGACCUUUGCGGAGACACUUGUGAUACUCUAGGUAUGGCUGACGUGGGAGCAAUGUGCUCAAGCAAACAUAGUUGUGCCGUGGUUGAAGACGAUGGACUUUCCGCGGCAUACACAGUAGCACACGAGAUCGGCCAUGUUCUCAACAUGAUGCAUGACGACAACAGACUGUGUCGUGCCAACUUUGGUCACAUCAAUCCCAACACGCAUAUCAUGAGUUCUACAAUGAACCGCGUGGAUAGCGACGAACCCUGGAGUCUUUGCUCAAAAGAAGCGAUCACGGACUUCUUGGAAAGCGGAAGAGGAUCGUGUUUGCUUGACAGACCCAGAGAUACCAAGGUCUAUCCUGGAAAACUACCAGGCGAAAUGUACGACGUCAAUGCUCAAUGUGCCAUGUCAUUCGGAAAAGGAGCAGUCGAAUGUCCUUUUAUGCAAGAAUGCGGUCGCCUCUGGUGCCACACGCCUGGUGGAGCUCAUCAAUGUCACACACGUCAUUUUCCACGUGCCGAUGGAACUUCAUGUGGAAGAGGGCUUCAUUGCUUCCAAGGAAAAUGUGUUAAAGUUGAACAACUGCGCAUGCCGAAAGACGGAAAUUGGGGUCAAUGGGGAACAUUCGGAUCGUGUUCACGAUCUUGUGGUGGUGGUGUGCAGAUGUCAAGUCGAGAAUGCAAUAAUCCGGCACCUGAAAACGGCGGUAAAUACUGCAUUGGAGCUCGACUUCGUUUUCGCAGCUGCAACACCGAUGGAUGCCCCGAAUCACGCUCUUCAUCUGGACCUUCUGAUUUCAGAAGCGAACAGUGUGCAGCUUACAACGGACAAACAUUUCCACACCUUGGAGUCAAAACAGCCACCAAAUGGAUUCCAAAAUAUUCCGAUGUUAACGGAAACGACAGAUGUAAACUCAACUGUCAGUCUGUUCAAACAGGCGUGUAUGUGAUUCUUGGAAAUAAAGUCAUUGAUGGAACUAGGUGCGGACCAAAUACCACUGACAUUUGUGUGCAAGGUGUAUGCAUGAAGGCUGGAUGUGAUGGUGUAUUGGGAUCCAAAACGAAAUUCGACAGAUGUGGAGUUUGUGGCGGUGGGAACAAGCAUUGCAAGAGAGUGAAAGGUUACUACAAGAAACGACAAUACGGAUAUAAUGACGUUGUUACCAUCCCAUCGGGCGCGGCAACCGUUGAAAUCGUUCAAAGAGGAUACAGAAACAAGGUACAUGACGGAAACUACCUCGCGAUCAAAGACUGGACUGGUCGCUAUCUGUUGAACGGAGGUCUCACCCUUUCAACUUAUCAAAAAGACAUCAGCAUAAAUGGUACCACAAUACGAUAUAGUGGAGUCGGAACAGUGAUGGAAAAAAUUCUCAUUACCGGUAAUCUAAUUGGCGAUAUCCAAAUCCAAGUUCUUUCUCUGGGAGUUGGAACAAAAGGAAAAAUUCUACCUCCAAGAAUCAAAUACAGUUACUACAAGUCUAAGCCAAAAUCCACUGGACGCUCACGCAAAACCAAAACGCCUUCUCCUACAAAUGGCAUCAAAAAACCUGUUGACGAUAAAUAUUCAAAACCCGAAAAAUUAUCAUGGGUAACUGGAAGAUGGUCAAAAUGCAGACCAAAGAAGGGAACAUGUGGGUCGGGAUGGAAGACAAGACGAGUUACUUGUAGAAACAACAAAUUAUACUCUGCUGUUGGAUGUGAAUCCAGAGUAAAACCUUACGAUCGUCUUCCGUGCGUGGCCUCCUGUUCGACAACAACAACAACAACAACUAGACGAAGCGGUUUACCUGAUAAUACGCCAUCCGGUGGUAUUACUAAAACAGAAAGAAAUUCUCCAUCCGGUCCGAUGGUAGUUGAUCGACGAUAUAGCGAUCGAGAAGUCGGACAACCACAUUGGAUAGAAGGACGAUGGGGCGCUUGUUCACGAUCUUGUGGCAAAGGAAUUAAAUACCGUAACGUAAUUUGUCGUAGUCAACACGGACGACUUCUUGGCGAAGGAGAAUGCAAAGGAAAGAAGCCUCCAACAAGACACGGAUGUUCGCUGUCGGAGUGUCAUUGAAAAACAAAACGUAAAUAGCAACUAUUGCUGUGAAUAGAUUCAGUGAUCAUAUAUUAUUGAUCGGAGAG